AUGGAUUCAUGCGUCUUUUUGCUGUGCGCUGUGUACUUCGCAUUUAGGCCGUGCUGCAGCGUGAUCUCACCUAAGUGGUUCCAAAACAUCUCCACAAACAUAUUCAGCUUACCUGGAGAUGUAAACCUUGGAGGACUUUUUCCAAUUAACCAGCAAUCAAACAACGUCAGUCUCAUUAGUGAGCUAAACAGCAUCAAGUGUGAAAGUUUGAAUGAAUAUGGACUGGGCCUGGCUCUGGUGAUGAAAUAUGCCGUGGAUGAGAUCAACGUAAAACCAGAUCUGCUCCCAGGCGUCAAGUUAGGUUAUAAAAUCUAUGACACCUGCAGAAAAUCCUCCAUUGUUGUGAAGCCUACUAUCUCCUUCCUCACUGAAAAAACAAGCAAUGCUCUUUCUGUGGAGUGUAAUUACACCGACUAUGAAACCAAAAUGUCAGCAGUCAUUGGUCCUCAUGCCUCAGAAAUGGUGUCAGUCAUCGGAAAACUUCUGGGUUUCUUUCUGAUGCCGCAGAUUAGCUACGGUGCCACCAGUGACAAAUUCAGCGAUACUCUUCUUUACCCAUCAUUCUUCCGUACGGUGCCCAGCGACAAAUGGCAACUAGACGCCAUGGUGCAUCUUAUGAAUAGGUUUAAUUGGACUUGGGUUGCAGUGAUAGGCAGUGAGGAGGAGUAUGGACAACGAGGUGUGCAGCAGUUCUCCAAAGUAGCAGAGAAUAUGUCUGUGUGUGUGGCCUAUCAGGGCCUGAUCCCGGUGUACACUGAUCCCGGACCAGCAAUCCAAACCAUCAUUAACAAUAUCAAAACAACGCAGGUCAAAGUGGUGAUUGUGUUUGCCCUCGCAGAACAGGCUGCAUUAUUUUUUCAACAGGUAAUCAAGAAUAAUUUAACAGGUGUGUGGAUCGCCAGCACAAGCUGGGCCAUCCACAAUCAACUGAUUUCCAUCCCCAACAUCAAAAAUGUUGGCACAAUCAUUGGGUUCAUUGAACAGUUGGAUACUCUGGAUUUACUACCUUACUACACAGAAGCACUCUUCACAAAAAUGAGUCAGGAGAGGGAAAAUAUGCCUCCUCCCUCGCAAACGUCUGGUGAUCCUGACAAUCCCUGCCCACAGUGCUGGAACCUGUCACCGGCUAACAUCACCUUGGUCAAUGACCUAGGAGUGAAGAGGCUGGGCUUCGCUGUGUAUUCUGCUGUCUACAGCGCAGCGCAGGCACUGCAUAAGUUGCUUGAGUGUAAUUCAGCUGUUUGUAAGUGGGGACCAAACACAAAAAUCUAUCCCUGGAAGCUUUUGGAAGUUCUGAGGAAUACUUCCAUUAAUAUAAGUGGCACAAUAUUAGAGUUCAAUGAAAAUGGUAACCCAAAUGUAGGGUACAAUGUGAUUGAAUGGAUAUGGAAUUCCUCAGACCUUAGCUUUAAAACUGUGGGAAGUUAUUAUGAAAAUCAGCUUUUCAUCAACGUAAGCCUCUUUGAAUGGUACACUAACGACUCAACGGUUCCUCUGUCAACCUGCUCAGCGCAGUGUGCUAAUGGCCAGGUACGCAGAGUCAAAGGUUUCCAUUCCUGCUGCUAUGACUGCAUUGACUGUUUGCCUGGCACUUACCAGGCAAAUAGAGAUGACAUCCAGUGCACUAAGUGUCCUGAUCGCAUGUGGUCCGGAGAGUGCAGCACUAACUGCUCCGCCCCUAUUUUUGACAUUUUGGCAUGGGACACGCCUGACGCCCUGAAGAUUAUACUAUCAUGUCUUGUGCUGCUUAUAUGUCAGGUGUCAGUGAGCAUUGUGUUCCUGAUCCACCGAGGGACCCCACUGGUGAAGGCCUCAGGGGGAGUCCUGACUUUCCUGGCUCUGCUAAGCUUGACAGGAGCCUGUUUGAGUCUACUUCUCUUCCUGGGGCAGCCUGGGGAUGUGUUGUGUCAUCUUCAGCUGCCACUCAUCACCAUUUUCCAAACCAUAGCCCUCUCCAUUAUCUUGUCUAUCUCACUGCAGAUAUUCUUUGUGACGGAGUUCCCAAAGAAGGUUGCCCCUCACCUGCAUACACUCCAAGGCCCAGGAAGCUGGCUAUUUGUGCUGAUCUGCUGUGCUGUCCAGGCUGCUCUCUGCGGCUGGUUUGUUAAGGAAGAACCCUCUCUUUCUGAGUUUGUGGCAAAACUGAACAUCAAUUUUGAGAGAGCCUUUUUGUCAUGCCCUGUGUCUUCAGAUAAACUUGCUGUUAUGCAAGGCCUUAAUUGUGCAAUGGCCCUUGUGUCUUUCAUGUCCACCUUCAUGGCGGUUAAGCCUCAUCAUCAGUAUAACCUUGCCAGGGACAUCACCUUCUCUACUCUGAUCUACUGUGUGAUUUGGGUGAUCUUUAUUCCAGUCUAUACAGGGCUGACAACCAAUAUCCUCACUGUGUCAAAGAGCAAGUCUAUUGUCCAUGUUUAUUUUACUCUGGCAAGUAAUUUAGGGCUAGUGGUUGCUUAUUACUUCCCUAAAUGCUACUUGCUUUUUAAGAAUUCUGACUACAAUACCCCAGAGCACUUCUGUACCUUCUUGGAGGGCGUCCCACCGACACCACCCCAGGAGGAGGAGCAACAGCCACCACCAGCCAAAUAACCUACCUACCCACCUAGCUCUAAAAACCCUAUUUAUUUUACCUUAAAUGUUGCCCCAUGGGUUGAGCAGCAGCGUGUGGUAUGUGAGUUGCACCUGUGAAAGACUGCCAAAUCCUCCUUCCCAAUGACAAAGGAUUUUGGUGUGAAAAGUGUGCUGGUGUAAGGCAGCAUCUACCUCACUCCUAAAGUAGCCUUGUCAUCACUGGAGACAUCUCAGUGCAGACAUAAAUGGAGAUAUGAUUCUGCAACCAGUGGUAGUCUUAUUUAUCCUAUCUUAGGAAAUAAACUUUGUCCUCCAAACAAUCGGGGCUAACCUUUACAGAGCCUUCACUUUUCUGAGAGAACACCUCCAGAAUUUGGCAGUGGAGAGUGUGUAAUAGCCUGUCUGCAGUCCUAAACUCUACCCUAUCAAAUUUGUGAGAUCAGGUUUGGCGUGCUGUCCAUGCCAGGUUUACCAGCUGUUUGAGGAAUGGAGUGCCACCCAUCCCACAGCAGUGUAUAACCAAGGCAGUGACCAGCAUGAGGAAGAGGUGGCAGGGUAUUAACUUGUGUAUAGUUGACCCACGCAUUUCUAUAUCAAUAGCAAAAUAAGUUGGAAAUAGAGAUGAUUUGGGAAGUUUUUGAAGGGGGCAGCCCACAAACUCUGCUGUUCAGCCCACAAAUGAUUUUUUCUCCAAAAUGUUGCACCAUUUAAAGGAAAGUAAACAGGCUUUCCAACAGUAUAACAUUUGUAGCUAAGAGGAAUUUUGACAAAAAUAAACAGACUUUUGUUUCUUUCUGUGCUUGGUUUAUAAUAUAUGAGCUAUACAAAUGUUAUGUUUUGUCUUUCUAGCAAUAGUUACAUUAUGCCAGUACUUCAAGCUGGUUUUGUAAAAUAGUUAUUUUCAUUUUAUGCAUAAGCAUUUAUACAA